AUGAGUCGGGAAUCAGAGGGGUUUUGGAUGAUGGAUGAUGGGGAAGCUGAUGGAGGUAUGGAAUCGGGAGACAGUUCCUCAAGCACCCCUACAUUGGAUGACAUCGACGAUUGUGUUACGGUAAGAGCAGUCGAUCGGGGUAACAUUUAUGGAAGCACAUGUGAUACCGAACAAAGUGUGAGUAGCCCCAAAAAUGUUGAGGACAGUGACAAUCCACUAGAGAGGAAGAAGAGAGCAAAGACAUCAGCUGUGUUGUCAGAAUUUAGGGAGGUGGCUCUCCCUGGUGGUACAAGGAAGGGAGAAUGCAUUCAUUGUAAAACAAAGUUGAAAAUGACUGCUAGUGGAAGCACAACACAAUUCAAUAGACAUUUGAAAAGGUGUGCGAAGAAAACAGCUCACUUGAGGCAACAACAAAUAAAUUCCCCCUCUUCCAGUUCUCAGGGUGGCUCUACUAUCCUGCCUCCUCCACGAGGCCAAUUCAGUAUGCUGAAGAUGAGGGAGCUUAUUGCACAUUGGGUAUUGAUGCAUGAGCAUCCAUUUUCUAUUGUGGAGGAAGAGGGGUUAAACAACAUGAUGAAGCACGGAAUUCCUGAAUGGACUCCGAUAUUCCGUAAUACUUGUAAGAAUGAUUGUAUGAGAGUGUUUGAAAAUGAGAGGCAGAAGUUGCUGACCCUAUUGAAGGGUGUUAAGAAGAUAAGUCUGACCAUAGAUCUAUGGCAUUCAGGCAACCAGAGGAUGGAAUACAUGGUCUUGACUGGGCAUUGGAUUGAUGAUAAUUGGAAGUUUAAUAGACGGGUGUUGAACUUUAUUCAUUUCCCUCCUCCCCGUUCUGGUAUUGCCAUUGCUGAUAUUAGACACAUUAUUAAGGACAUCCGUGAUACCGUGGCAUAUAUCAAUUCAUCGAAAAGUAGACUAAAGGUGUUUACAAAGAUUGUUCAGAUGCGCCGAUUGCCAUUUCGCAAGCUUAUUCUUGAUUGCAAAACACGAUGGAAUUCAACAUAUGAUAUGUUGACAAUGGAAAUGAAAUUUAGGCAUGUUUUCCCUUGUUUGAAGGAGAGGGAUUUGAGUUAUCAUUAUUGUCCCAAGGAGGAGGAUUGGGACAAAGUUGAGAAAAUUUGUUCAAUUUUAAAGGUGUUUGGUGGUGCAUCGAAUUUGAUAUCAGGGAGUGAUUAUCCAACAUCAAACUUAUUUCUAAAUCAAGUUUUUACAAUAAAAAUUAUGUUGGAUAGUAAGAGUCAAGAUGGAGAUGGGUUUAUACAUACCAUGAUUUGGAAAAUGAAAGAAAAGUUUGACAAAUAUUGGGGAGAAUGUAAUCUAUUGAUGGGUGUAGCUGCUAUUUUGGACCCUAGACUAAAGAUGAGGGUAAUUCAAUGGGCGUUCCCUAAGAUAUAUUUUGAGCCUGAAUCGCAGGCAAAUAUGGAUGUUGUUUCAGAUGCCUUGUAUGAGGUAUAUAGGGAGUAUGUUGAUGCCAGUCAAGCACUAACAGCUGCCCGUGCUUCUGUAUCUACAAGGGGUGGAGUUCAGGUUGUUGGUCAGGGGUCGGGGGCAGCAACAGAGAGGGCGGAUGAUUGGGAUGAUUUUAGUGAGAUUUUGGAUGUGGUUGAGACGGUUGAGCCAACGAAAUCAGAGUUAGACUGUUACCUGGGAGAGGGAUGCCAUAAAUGUGUUGGGGACCUUAUGGCGUUUGAUGCUUUGACUUGGUGGAAGGCUAAUUCAACAAAGUUCCUUAUCUUGUCUAUCAUGGCUCGUGACAUAUUAGUCAUCCCUAUUACUACGAUUGUUUCUGAGUCUACUUUCAGCGUCGGCAAUAGCGUUAUUGACACGUACCGAUCGUCGUUGACUCCCAACACGGUGGAGAUGCUCUUAUGUGGAUGUGAUUGGAGCAGGACAUUGAAUGGGGUGAAGAAAGGAUGUAAAGAAGAGCAGCAACCGUUAGAGAUCAACCUUCCUAUCCCGUAA